GUAGCCCACUGGAAUUCCCACAAUAAAUAUUAAAAUCAUUUGCAAUCGAUAUAUCUGGCUAAAAGUGUCACAAAAUCAAAGGCAAUAAAAAUGCAUAAUUUUAUAAAAAAUCUAUUGUGAUAAACGGAAGCAGCAGUGAGAUCAACAAUGUACCAGUUCACACAUUUAUCCGAAUAGCUAAUGACAUCAUGCAUGGUGCGUUGUGGAGACACACUUCUGACAUCAUAAGUUGACCUUCUUUGCAGUCAGUAUACGCGAGGCAUCCGCCCAUGUAGAACGACUGUGUUAUUCCUUGUUUAUUUCGUGUUUAUAUUACUCAUUUGCAUCAAAACAUGACUAUAAAACCAGAAGACCCGUCGUCAGGGGAGGGCAUCCAAGUAGUAGUGCCUGGUCCUGAACACACCUUCAUUCUUGAUGAGGAAGCUCUCAGCAGGCUGCUGCUGAGAGACGACAUCAAGGACAGGGCUGUGGUGGUGCUGUCCGUGGCCGGCGCCUUCCGGAAGGGCAAGUCCUUCUUGCUCGACUUCUUCCUCAGAUACAUGCACCAUAAGUACAACCUGGGCGAAAGCAGCGAUAGUUGGGUGGGCGCGGAAGACGAGCCUCUGAAGGGGUUCCCGUGGAGGGGGGGCUCUGAACGAGACACCACCGGCCUGCACCUGUGGUCGCAGCCUUUUAAGGCCACCCUUGAUAAUGGGGAAAAGGUGGUAGUCCUGUUGAUGGACACGCAAGGCACCUUCGACAGCCAGUCCACGGUGAAAGACAACGCGACAAUAUUCGCGCUGUCCACCAUGCUCUCGUCAGUCCAGAUCUACAAUCUCUCGCAGAACAUUGAGGAAGAUGACUUGCAGCAUUUACAGCUGUUCACCGACUACGGCAGCCUGGCGCAGCAGAAGAGCAGCGGCAAGCCGUUCCAGAGGCUUCAGUUCCUAGUGCGGGACUGGAGUUACAACUACGAAUACGGUUACGGCGCGGAGGGGGGGCAGCGGCUGCUUAGCAAAAGGCUGGAGGUCCACGAAGGCCAGCAUCACGAGCUGCAGACGCUGCGGCGCCACAUCGCGGCCUGCUUCGAGGAGGUGGCGUGCUUCCUCAUGCCGCACCCCGGCCUCCGGGUCGCAACCAACCCCGAUUUCAACGGGAAACUUGAUGACAUAAGCCCAGAGUUCAAGCUGUACCUGAAGCAGCUGGUGCCGAUGUUGCUGGCGCCGCACAGCCUGGUCCCCAAGAGGAUCGGCGGGCAGCAGGUCCGGGCGCGCGAGCUGCUGCAGUACUUCCGCUCCUACAUGAACAUCUUCAACGGCAGUGAGUUGCCGCAGCCUAAGACUAUCCUGGAGGCGACAGCAGAAGCAAACAAUCUCUCAGCAGUGGCUGAAGCGAAAGAGGUGUACGAGACCAUAAUGGAGGAGGUCUGCGGAGGCACCCGACCCUACCUGGAGCCGCGGAGGUUGCAGGAGGAGCACCGGAGGGCGAGGGACAAGGCGCUGCACGCCUUCGUCAGCAGGAAGAAGAUGGGCGGGGGGGAGUUCUCCAAAGAAUAUAAUGAGAGACUCGAAAAGGAAUUAGAGGAAACCUUCGAGCAACUGCGCGCGCACAACGACGGCAAGAACAUAUUCAAGAUGGCGGGCACGCCCAUCGUGUUGCUGGCGCUCGCUCUGCUCGGGUACCUGGUCAGCGUGGUGGGCUCGGCGCUGGGCGUGCAGACGCUGGUGGCUGUCGGGCAGACCCUCUCCAUACUCAGCGUGGUGACGCUGGGCUUGUGGGGUUACAGCAGGUCAAACUUCCUUUUACUUAAGAUGCUAAUGUCGGAUCAGUGGAAACAUGAGAGACACGGGACUACAGAUAGACGACGUGGCUAAUACUUUAAAGAAUUAUACGCUGAGCCAAGCAGUUGGUCCUGCAAGCCGACUAGCUGCGGAAACGACGGCUGGAUACACAAAUAAAAAUUCAUAACUAACAAUAAAUUAGAUAGGUAUAGUUAGCAACCGUCACUUAGAUGAGUUUGCGGUCCAUCUUGACAAGAAAAUAUUGCACGAGCAAUUUCUAGAAAGUUCUGUAUGAUUUAUCAAACAGAGCAGAAAGUUUGACCUUCCAUUAGUACUAAUGAAUUUAGAAGUAAUGGCGGCUGUCUUUACUAGUCAAGUGGAAUUGGAAUGUAAUAUGCCACUACGGUGCCUUUAAACUUUGGUAUUGAUGCUUACGAUUCCUAUUGAAAUUUGUAUAUUUUUUAUACAUUUCUAUCUACAUAUAUAUAACAAUAAAAGUUUUUUAGAAAUUAUCGAAACACUCUACCAUUUUUAAUCCAGGCUUGCUUUAUUUAUAUGCCAUAUAAAAUAAUAAAACUUAGGACGGACAUUAAAAACUGACCACUGAAUCACUGUGAUAAAAUCACAAUAAAAUUUUAACAUUCUUGUAACGUUUAAAUUCUUAUUGUUAAUUACUAAUUAAGAAACUUGAGUAUUUUGCAAUAAAUACAUUAUUUUUUUA